UAGGCUUGAGGGUGACGCGCUGGUUCUGUGUCACCGGGCAUUUCUACUAUCGUAUUUGUGGUGGCUGACACUUGCUCUCGUCUCUCCCUUGUCGAUUUUGAUAUUGGUUAUAUCCGGCUUCAUUUGGUUAGCAUCCAGGGUAGGUGUUUCUUCUUUGGUUUUAGUUCUCUUGCGCUUGAUCAAUCCAACGGACGACUUUUGUACAAGGGGAGGUGAAGUGGACGAUUCAGAAGAGAAUAGAAUCCUGGUCGCAGAUUCUUCUUAACCCCCACCUUCUAUCUUUCCUUACGAGUGGUUGCAGCAACCUAUUUUCAUGGAUCCUGGCAAGUUACAGGUAGCCCAUGAAGAUGGAAGAGUGAUUUUGCUUGAAGCUUUGCCUUAUUGACUUUUCAGUUGGGACACUCCAAAUCGAAUCAGUUUGGAACCUGAAAAUUUCUGUAAUUAAGCGGAAGGAACCGCGACAUGAUUAUGGAAGACAAUGUUGUGUCACCCAGUACCUUAAUAGAUUCGUCCAUAGAUUUCGAUUACAUGGACGAACUUUUUUCAGACGGAUGCUGGUUGGAAACCCCUGCGGAUGGAUCUGACUUUUUGCUGAGAAGCCCUUCUGCGUCCAAUCCCCUCCUUGACUCAUCAUAUUCAUGGCCUGCCUUGGAUACUGUUGGGCAUGUGAGUCUAGAACAAAGGCAGAGUCCCUUGAUUGACGAAUUACAGGAAACACAAACCAAUACUCGAUUGGUUGGCAAGGGCAACGACAUAAUAGAUGUUGCUGGUACUUGUAAUCAGUCUGAAAUUCAUUCAGUUGAAAGCUCAGAAUUCGUAAGAAGGUGGUGGAUUGGACCUAUGGGUAAUCCGAGCCCCGAGUGUUCUGUGUUGGAGAGGUUAAUUAAGGCACUCGUGUAUAUAAGAGAUUUCAAUAGAGACAAAGAUGUGCUUUUACAAAUAUGGGUGCCGGUUAAUAGAGAGGGUGGGAGGAUUCUAAGCACCAGUGAUCUUCCCUUCUCGCUUGAAAGUAGCAGUCCAAAUCUUGUGAAGUACCGAGAAAUCUCUGCCAAAUACAAGUUUUUAGCUGAGGGAUAUUCUAGGGGCUUGGUGCCUGGAUUGCCUGGUCGAGUUUUUAAAGAGAAAGUUCCUGAGUGGACUCCUGAUGUUCGAUUUUUCAGGAAUGAUGAAUACCCUCGAGUUAGCCAUGCUCACGAGUAUGAUGUGCGUGGAUCUUUAGCAAUUCCAGUCUUUGAGAAGUGUGGCAACAUUUGCUUGGGCGUUAUUGAGGUUGUAAUGACAUCCCAGAAGAUCAAGUAUUUCCCUGAGCUUGAGUGUGUUUGCAAAGCACUUCAGGCUGUUGAUCUUAGGAGCACCAAUAUUUCAAGUAUACAGAAUGUGAAGCAGGUAUCCAACAAUUCCUAUGAAGCUGCACUGCCUGAGAUCCAAGAAGUUUUGAGAUCGGCGUGUGAAAUGCACAAAUUACCUUUAGCUCAAACUUGGGUUCCAUGUAUCAAGCAAGGCAAAGAGGGGUGCCGGCACUCAGAUGAUAAUUUUCUAUACUGUAUAUCUCCUGUUGAGCAUGCCUGUUAUGUUGGUGAUCCUUGUGUCCAGGCUUUUCAUGAGGUUUGCUCUGAGCAUCACUUGUUAAAAGGUCAAGGUGUCACUGGUGAGGCUUUUAUGACCAAUCAACCAUGCUUCUCAACUGAUGUAACUUCCUUAAGCAAGAUAGAUUAUCCACUGUCUCAUCAUGCAAGGAUUUUUAGGCUGCGAGCUGCUGUUGCUAUACGCCUGCGAAGCAUCCGUAGCAUUACAGAUGACUUUGUGCUAGAGUUCUUCUUGCCUAUAAAUUGCACUGACAGUGAAGAACAGAAGAAGAUGCUCACUUCAUUGUCUAUGAUUAUAAAAAGGGUUUGCCAUAGUUUGCGGGUGAUAACAAAUAAAGAACUGGAGGAGGAAAAACGCUUACCAAUUGAUGAAGUGACAGUCCCUGCAGAUAGUAGAUGUGCUAGGGUGGAGCUCCAACAAUGCAGUAAGGUUACCUCACAUGGCACCAAAGAAAAGUCAAAUGAAACUGUGACUAGACAGUUUUCUAACCUGAUUCAGCAAGAAGACUCUAUUUUAAAAGAAAACCCUGAAUAUGGUUGGGAGUGUUCUUCUUUUGGUGAGGGUGGCUUGCCGAUUGAAGGUUUAAGUAAAACAGCAGAUAAAAGACGGACCAAAGCAGAGAAAACUAUCACUCUGCAAGUUCUUCGGCAAUAUUUUGCAGGAAGCCUAAAAGAUGCAGCAAAGAAUAUUGGUGUUUGUACUACAACUUUGAAAAGAAUUUGUCGCCAACAUGGGAUAAAGCGUUGGCCUUCUCGAAAGAUUAAAAAGGUUGGUCACUCCUUACAGAAACUUCAACUUGUCAUCGACUCAGUUCAAGGUGCCUCUAGCGCUUUCCAGAUAGAUUCUUUCUACUCAAAGUUUCCAGAGCUAGCAUCUCCAAAUUUGCCCGGAAGCAGCUUGUUCUCAACUUCAAAGCAAAGUGAUCCGCCAAAUCCAUCAAGCACAAGGCCUGAUACUGGCUUGAUGAGCCCAGAAGCACCCUUAUCUUCAUGCAAUCAGAGUUCCAGUUCAAGUCAUUCCUCUUCCAUCCUGUCAGAGUUACGGCUUCAUGCACAAAAUGUUGCGGGUGGAAAAGAUCCUAGGGUUAGAGAAGAUUCUGCUGAUGGGGUUAUGAAGAGGAUUACAAGUGAAGCAGGGCUAAAAAGCUUAAGUCAAGAUACAGCAGAGCUCUUGCCAACUUCCCAGAGCCAGGAAACACUUCAUGAACAUCCAAAAUCUGUGUUGAAAAGCAGUCACAAGGCACAUAAAAAAGAAGAUACUCACAGAGUAAAAGUCACUUUCAGAGAUGAGAAAAUCCGGUUUCGGAUGCCGAAGAGUUGGGGUUAUGAAGAUCUUUUGUGGGAAAUUGCUUGGCGAUUCAAUAUAGAUGACAUGCACAAAUUCGAUAUCAAGUAUCUGGACGAUGACUCUGACUGGGUCUUGCUAACUUGUGAUGCUGAUUUAGAGGAGUGCAUUGAUGUCUGUCAACAUUCUCAGAGCAGUACCAUCAAACUUUGCCUUCUAGAGAGCAAAUCAUAGUAUCGUCUAUCAGAUAUGUCAACUAGUGUCGCAAGUUUUUCGUAUUGUGGGACAAUUUUGAUUAGUUUUUUCAAGAGAAUUAUCUUGGUUAUACUACAGAAGUUCAAAUGACAGAGGUUUCCAAUAUUUAAAGUAAUGAGCAGUUGCAACGUUGAUUCAUCUUAAGAGCUGAGUUGGUGUGGUACCAAUACUACUCAUGAUUGUAAAUAUUCAACUCUUGACGUCUUUUUGGUUCAUGGCAUCAAGGCGCUGGGAAUGGUAAUGACAAAAUUUAUCAUGCACAUAUUCCACUUUCCUCCACAACUGACCUGAUUUACCAUACCUCCACUUCACAAGAAAUGAUGUUAGUUUCAUUAAGCUUAAUGUAAUCUGGAUCAUCCUUUCCUGUGAGAAAUUAUGGCCAUCUGCAGUUUAUAUCCUUCCUCCUAUUACCCUGUAGAUGCCUGGUUGAGGCAGCAGCUCCUGCAGUGCAAGACACCGAGCAUCCUCUCAUCCUCCCAUUUGGCUUCUCUCCAUUUGUGAUGCUCAUCCACCAAUGCAGCUUAUCUCCAUUUGCAAUGCUCAUACUCAGAUUUGGCUUUUUUCCAUUCGUGAUGGCACCAUUGAUAUGGCCUCCUUCCAAACAUGGAUGAUGCAUUGGCAAAAUAGCUGCAGUAAUCAACUCGAAGACAAACUCCUUUGCAUUUGAAGAAACCCAUUUGCUGCAAAUUGUAUUGUUUCAGAAUCUAUAGUUCAUAUGAUCAUUUGAAGAAAGCUAUUUGUUGGCUUGUAUUCUUUUAGUGACAUUGUUCUAAUUUCAUUAUGUGAGACAGUUAGUAAUUAUGAUUAUUUCAAUCUGAAAAUGGUAGUCAAGGAUUUA